AUGGCUACAUCCUUCAAAUCCCACACCUUGGCCUGCAUUUGCAUUGCACCACUACUAAUCCUCCUCUCUUUCUCCACACCAAAACCAGCCAAUGCCGAUAAAACCCAUUUCAAGAAGAUCUACGCGUUUGGCGACUCGUACACCGACACGGGCAACACGCGGUCCAACACGGGCCCGAGCGGAUUCAUGUUCGUCUCCAACCCCCCUUACGGAUCCACCUACUUCCGCCGCCCCACCAACCGCUACUCGGACGGCCGCCUCGUCAUCGACUUCGUGGCCCGCGCCCUCUCCCUUCCCUUCCUCCCCCCCUACCUCGACAGGGCCACGCGUGCCAGCCCGUCGGGCCUCAACUUUGCUGUUGCGGGGUCCACGGCCAUAGCCCACUCCUUCUUCGUGAAGAACAACUUGACUCUCAACAUCACGCCCCAAUCGCUCGGCACACAGCUGGCGUGGUUCGAGAAGUUUCUAGAAGGAAAGGGAUGCAGGGACUCGUACAGUACGCCGGCGGCAUGCGAGGGUUUGUUUGGGGACACGCUGAUUUGGGUCGGCGAAAUCGGGGCCAACGACUAUGCUUACAGCUUCGGGUCCACCGUGACCUCCGAGACCGUGCAGCGGCUGGCCAUCACCAGUGUCAAUGCCUUUCUGCAGGCAAUUCUAAAGAAAGGCGCCAAACAUGUGGUGGUCCAGGGAUUGCCCCCGACUGGAUGCCUCACCCUCUCAAUGUACCUAGCACCGCCCGAGGACCGGGAUUCCACUGGCUGCGUGGGGUCUGCAAACCUGCAAAGCCAGGCCCACAACACGGCCUUAAAAUCGAGACUCGACAUACUGAGAAAACAGUUCCCGAAAUCAGUUAUAGCCUAUGCCGAUUAUUACAAUGCGUAUGCAAACAUCGUGAAGAAUCCUAGUAAGUACGGAUUGAGGGAGAUUUACAAGGCGUGCUGCGGGUACGGUGGUGGGGCCUACAACUUUGACUAUUUCCAUGCGUGCGGCUCGCCUUCAUCCGGGUCGUGUGCGAAUCCUUCCAAGUUUGUCAACUGGGAUGGGGUUCACUUGACCGAGGCCAUGUAUAGGGCCGUGGCUGAUGCUUUCAUGAACGGGACCUAUUGCCAACCGACAUUUAGGGCCCUGUUGAGAUGA